ACUGCCAAUCCGUUAACUCUGGGGCGCGAAUAUCCCUCUCAUCCUCCCACACAAGACAUCAGUUCCUGCUUUUUAUUGUCUUACAAACCGUUUGAACUGGGCCCUGCUCGCCUGGCAGGUGAAUGCGCUCAGUCGAGCCAGACUCCGACCAGCUUCGGUGGUGCAGCCGAGUGGCUGCCUCUCGAGGAUGAGUCAUUGGUCCGGUGGCCUUCGCCAGCGCAACUGCCUAACCGUGUAGCUCGCUUCAGGGCUGGCGAGGCGGCGAAAGUAGACUUUCAUCUGGCAAGCUUCGGGACUCUAUCGAUCCGCCGAAUGAGCUUGCGCCGUGAGUAG